UGGCAGAUGCCUGUAAACUUUUCAAGUUACCCAUCCUUUUGGAGACGGGUAAUAUCAAAGGGCACUAUGGAUUACAAACAUGAGGAGUGUUUACAGCCUGGAAGAUUAUUUAUGUUUGGUUUUACCUCUAUAGUCGCACAUCCAAGCUAGGAGAAAAGGAACACAGGAACCCUCUCAUUAUCUUUUGAAAUAUGAAGAUCAGAGGAAAACAUGGGUUUAAAGUGUGGAGUGAUGGUCCUAGAAGCCUGCUUAUAAAUUAGCAGUCAUCCUGCCUCUGUAAUAACAGAUCCAGGAGCCGAGCUGAUAUCCAGACUUAAGAGUGGCAUUCCGGAGUCAUUAUAACUGCUACAAACCUUGGGCAUAUACUACCACUCUGAUCACCUGAAAGAUAAAUUGUGGACCAGAGCAUCUGGCCCAUUUGGGCUUCCCAUCAAUGGAUUAAUUCCAUAGAGCUCGUGUUGGAUAUUUACAUUACAUUGCUUCAAAAUGGAAAGUAAUAACAAUGAUGGGCUACUGAACAGGAUCUCAUUCUCAGGGCCAGCAUCCCUUGGGAGCAGCCACACCAAUCCUCAUGGGUUACCACUCGGAGAACCAUUUGGUGUUCCUUUCCACUUUGAUCCAACAUACUGGGACCACCAAGCCUACGGUGGAUAUUCAGGAAGGUUCUCUUACCUACCCUUUUCUGGGUAUGUAGGAGUCUACGACUACUCUUUUGAGCCUGCCUUCAUUCAAAAGAGGAAUGAGAGAGAGAGGCAACGGGUCCGUUGUGUAAAUGAGGGCUAUGCACGUCUCCGAGAUCAUCUCCCCAAAGAGUUUGCUGACAAACGCCUCAGCAAAGUGGAGACUUUGAGAGCUGCCAUAACUUAUAUCAAACACCUUCAGAACUUGCUGGAACAUCAUCCUUUAGGGACAAAUCCUAAGAUGUCAGUCCCAGCUGCAGAGGCCCCAGCUGCUUCUGGUCUUAGUUUAAGAAGGGAAUGCAACAGUGAUGGAGAAUCGAAAACCUCCUUAGCUUCAUCUCCCGCUUACAGCGAAUUUGAGGAAGUAUGCAGUUAGGAAAACAUCAUCUUCCAAAAUGGACAUGUUCUUCAAGUCCGCCUUUUUAUUAUUACUGUUACAUUUGUGUGGAUUUUUUUCCAAGGGACAAAAUUAGUCCCCAGCAAAAGGAUGAAAGAGGUAUCUUCAUUAUUUGAGAUGACUGUUUCCAGUGCAAUUCAUUCUGAACAAAAAAAACACUACAUUGUUCCUAAUGUUUC